AGUACCGCUUGAGGGCUGAACAUGUCUUACCUCCGGGCUCCGUCAAUGUUGGAAAUGGAGGGUGGUGCACAAUACUUAAAGCCAAGCUUCGAUCCCAAGUGCCACGAGUUAACCUGCUCGUAAAGAUCAUACGUCCGAUAACCUUGAUCGUACAUGACCAUCACCAACCAUGGCCACGCACGGCAACAUAGAUCUCAUCCCUGGUACGGACGUCGUGUUUAAGGAGCCGGGACAUGGUGAGAGCACCCGGGCAGAUGAGCUUGUCCUCAUUCCUCGACCUUCAUCCAAACCUGACGAUCCUCUGAACUGGAGCCCAACAUGGAAGACUGUAGUGAUCGUGAACCAGUUCAUCUUCACCUUUGUCACCAUCAUGACUCCGUUGUCCAUCUCGCCACUUACUAUCAUCUUUGAACAUGAAUUCAACAAGUCUUUACCCGAGGUCAACAUGCUUUUCGGCGCUGCGGCUAUCACUCUUGGAUACGCAAAUUUCCUCAUAGUUCCAGCAGCUAAUGUGUUCGGUCGGCGCCCUGUGCUGAUCAUCUGCGGAAUGGUCUGCAUUUUGGCCAACAUCUGGCAGGCGCUUGUUACCAGCUAUCCCAGUUUCAUUGGGGCUCGAGUGGUAUCAGGACUCGGUGCCGCUGCCAAUGAGAGUCUUAUGCCCAUGGUUAUUGCUGAUGUUCUGUUCUUGCACCAAAGAGGUCGGGGUAUGACGUUCUAUUUCUGGGCUUACUUUAUGGGGCUGUUCAUCGGGCCUAUCAUAUCUGGCGCCAUUGCAUCACAGAUCAACUGGCGUUGGUUUUUCUGGGUCUGCACCAUUCUGCAAGCCGUGAGCUUCGUCCUCGUCAUCGUCGCACACCCAGAGACGAAGUACGACCGACGAGCUUUGCCGUCGCCAAUGUCACCGGCGGAAUCAAUUGUCGAAACCUCCGACAACAAGGAGGAGAGACCGAAAGAGGUCGCGGCGUCCACCAGGUCCGAUUCGGAAUCCGUACGACGGUCGACCGGCACUGCCAUCCACCACAAUAACGCAGCUGUGCACCACGGCAAACCAUCUCGCGAGCAGUGGUCCGUCAUCCCCCGCCCGCGCUUCACGCACGGCGGUCUCGCAUCCGUGCUCCGCGACGUCAUCUCGCCCAUCCAAAUCCUCUUCUACCCCAUCGUGCUCUGGGCCGCCUGCGCCAUGGGUUUCGCGAGCAACUCUCUCCUAGUGCUGAACAUAACGCAGGCGCAGGUGUUCGCCGCCCCUCCGUUCCUGUUCACGCCGGACCAGAUCGGUCUCGUCAACUUUGCCUUCGUCGUCGGCGCAGCCAUCGCCCUCGUCACCGCCGGUCCCUUCUCCGACUGGGUCGCCCUGCGCAGGGCCAGGAGGAACAACGGUGUGCUCGAGGCUGAGUUCAGGUUGCCUGCGCUCAUUCCAUACGUGGUUAUCAAUCUGGUUGGUAUGGUAAUUACGGCUGUGGGGUACCAGCGCAGCUGGCCCUGGCCCGCCAUCGUGGUUGCUGGAUAUAUGCUCAUCGGUAUCCAAGUCGUCGGCAUUCCUGGCAUCGCCAUUGCAUACGCUGUGGAUUGCUACAAGGCCUUGCCCGGUGAAAUUAUGAUCGCGGCUACGAUCGUGAAAAAUACAUUCGGGUUCGGAAUGAUUUUCUACGUCAAUGACUGGGCCGCUAGGGAUGGUUUCUUGGGCCCUGUACUCAUGCUCAUGGCAUUGACGGUAGGCUUCUCCGUUCUCGGCCUGGUGGUUUUCAUUCCCUUCGGCAAGAAAUUUCGUCGUAUGACGAAGGAUUCUAAACUCCACUCCCUAUAAAAGAAUGCGGUACUCUGGCUUGAUUUGUUUCAGCAGGUCCUAGGUUGUGCCAUUAGGACAUCGUGUCAAUGCCCGUGUGAAUCCCAGUAAUUCUCAACAUAAUACCCCAUCAAAUACAUUCAUUUCAUAAUACAUGGUACGCGAAGGAAUAAUAUCUAGCAAUUAGAACCAUUUAUUUCAUGUAUGAAAAACAGUACCCCUACGCUAAGCUCCAGUGCUUAUCCGCUGUAGACGUUACUGUCGAUCCAGGCAGUGUCAUCAGCGUCACCUUCCGGCGUAAUGAACACCCUGGCAGGGCUGCUGUAGGGCUCAUACUCGUCGG